AAUGAAGAUGUUGUGAUUAUUCUCAGAAUUCAGAAUUUUUUUCACCAUUCACGUAACUGUCCUCUUAGCGGCGCGUCAUCGCUUCCGUUUGCAUCUACCUAGUUGAAGUUUAUGGAAUGUGCUCGUUGCAUUUCUCAUUAAGUGUAGACACGUAGCAGUUAUCCCCCUUGAUGGCGAACGCAGUAAAGAUGAUUACGUUUGAUGUGACUAACACCAUCCUUAAGAUACUUGGAGGAGUUGGUCAACAGUAUGCUCAGAUCUCUAAGCUAUAUGGUGUAGAAAUGGACCCAGUCAAAAUCAAUCAAGCCUUUAAGACACAUUGGGUGAAACAAAAUGAACAAUAUCCAAAUUUUGGAGCAGAGGAGAAUAUGGUCUCCCACCAUUGGUGGCAUGAUCUUGUUCAAAAAACUUUUAUUGAUGCUGGUUAUAAAGGAAAUGACAGCACAAUUUUAACAAUUUUUACACAUUUAUAUGUACAUUUUGGAACGUCAAAUGGAUGGGAGAUUCUUCCAGGUGCUGAGGAAACAUUACUGAAUUUAAGAAACUCUGGUGUCAAAUUGGGAGUCGUUUCAAAUUUUGAUGAACGUUUGGAGCAAAUUCUGAGCAAAAUGGCUAUAAGGCAUCACUUUGAUUUUGUGGUAUCAUCAAAAGAAUUCAAGAUUGCAAAACCAGAUGUGAGAAUCUUCCAGGAAGCUCUCAGACUUGGAGACUGUCCAGCUUGUAAUUCACUUCAUGUUGGGGAUCAUUUCCUUAAUGACUACUGUGGAGCAAGGGAGGCAGGCUUGACAGGAGUGCUGUUUAGCAAAGACCUGAACAAUGUACCACAGGAAGUUGAUAAACAUUAUGUAGUAUCAAAUUUGAAUGAUUUAUCUCGAUACUUAAAAUAAAGAGAACUUUUAGACAGAAAGAACAGGGAAAGUGCAAAUUCCUUUGGAUUGCUUCAUCCAGGAAUUGAACCUGGUCUCCAGUGUGAUCAUCGGCUCUGCCAGCUGAGCCUAGGAAGCAUGUUCUGUCAGCUGAGCAACAGAGGCCGUAUUCAACACUAUGUACAAGCCACAACACCCCACUCCUUAUACACUGGUAUUUUGUUGCAAAAACAGUACAAAGGAAAUUAAAUAAAAUGUCAUUUCUUACAGGAUUUUAUGAAACAACUCUAGAAGUUUUUAUAUUUUUAAGCCUUGGAAAGCAAAAAUUCAGAACAAAUUUCACAAAAGCUCACAUGAAAUGAACUAAAAUUUAAGAUACUUUCUAUCACAUAACUCAAAAAAAGUUAUAUCUUGACAGGUUUUAAAGCAAUAAUGUGCAAGUGUUUACCUGUAAUUAUCUUACCUCAUCUGAAGAACAAAGCUGAACUUGCCAAACCGUAAUGUCCGUUUUUUAUCAAAACUUGUCUGAGCCUUUCUCUGAAUUGCUGUACUGAAUUUCUUAGAAGUCCUUGAUGUGGUUUAGCGUUGUAUUUGACCCCUCAUUUAAUGUUAAUGAAAAACCUUUUAAAUUUUCAUGACUUUCAUCACAUGUAUUAUCAAAGCAAAUUUUUCUAUUAUGAUUGAAAUAUUCAGCAAUUAGUGAAAUUUUGAAUUUUCAAUCAAUGGUCAUGUUUUGUAUUGUUUUCAUAUGUGUGCAUUAAGUUUGUUUAGUUAAAUAUCAUCUGGACUUUUCUGGUUUAUUACUUUCCCUAAAUUUAACAUCAAGGACACUACUGUAACACAGUAGACGUCAUAAACACACAUAUUUGUUGGUAAUAGCCAUGUUUAUUACAUGUUGAAUAAUAAUAAUGUUACAUGUACAAAAGCAACAUUUCAUCAACAUUCAGAGUUCAUAUACUCAUACUAGUACUUCACGUUGUGUCUUGUAUCAGAACUGUCCAUCUGGUGGGCUCUCCCAAGGCUGUGUGUUCUUACCUAGAGAUUCUCCCUGCUAAUUUGUUACUUAAAAUAGACCCUAAUAAAUACUCUACUACUAGGUGGCCACUGUCCGAACAGGAAAUUGCAUAAGUUUGAUUAUCAAGGAAGUGGGGAUAAUCUCUAAUUAAUUAUCUGGCCGAAGCUGUACACCCACUGAUAAGAUUCUCGGGGCCUAGACAACACCAACCUAAGUGUAUAUAUGUGUGACAGGUACAUAUAUAUUCAUUAUCUGUAGUGGAACACCAAAAUGCUAGUUUCCAUUUUUAGUGUAUUCACAUGUUGUGCCUGUGCCACGAUGGUCCUGUGUGCACGUCCUGUGUACCUCCUGUGUACAUCCUGUCUUUUCCAUAUUUGGUGUUGUUAUUUAGUUAUAUGUUAAUUAGGGUGUAAGUUGUUGGGAAAGCAUGUGAGUGUGAAAGUUAAGAAAUAAAACCAUUUUACAACCGCACAUUGUUGCAGUUGGCCGUAGACCAGGGUGGGGACGUAUCCUCUGGAGUCCACUUGGUACCAUAUUGACAAGACAACUGGACUUUAAUACAUUUUAUCAGACCAUGUACAGGUCUUGGAAGGUAAUUAAAUGUUAUAUUAUACAUCUGAUUAAUAAUUAUUAUUAAUAAUCAAUUAAUAAUUAUUAAUUUGAAAUCAUAAUUGUUUAAUCAUUCCAUAUCGGUCCAUUGUCAUACAGAAUACGCAUAUACUAGGUAUUCUUAUAAGGCCGUUGUUUUUUAGGGUUUUCUUCGUGUGAGUCCGCCGGUUAUGUAUAAAUAAAUAAAUACAAGGAGAAGAACAACUGUUUGUUUUUCUUUGCCCUGUGACAUAUGCAAGUAAUUAUCCACGCCCCUGUGAACUACCUAUAUGUGUUAUAUUGAUAUACUAUUGAACAUUAAAUGAACUAUUGUUUAAACUAACUUAUUUCAACCAAUCCCAUAUGAAAAUCUAGCUGUGUUACACAGUCAAAGAUUACUGACUGAUGUAUCUGGGUUACACUAGCAUUGAAACCACAUUUUGUAACAGUAUAUCUAACCCUAUUUUGUUACACUACAAUCUCUUUCCAAAAUUUAACAUCAAGGACACUACAAUCACUUUCCAAAAUUUAACAUCCAGGACAUUACUACAAUCACUUUCCAAAAUCUAACAUCCAGGACAUUACAAUCUCUUUCCAUUUCUUUAUAGCAACAAUCCUGUUAUCCUCACUUCAGGUGUUUACAUGUCGAGUUUGAUAUCACAAAGGGUUUGUUCCACUUAUCAUGCUAUUUGUAAUUGGUGCAGACCACUUCUAGACUUAUGAUAUAGGAUUUCAAGAGAUGAGUAAACUUGCAGAUUAGAUGUAUAGCGUCGAAGGGAAAUUAAUCCUGAGGAUAGAUUUUCAUUAUUAAUACAAGAUAAUGUUUUUUAUUUCAAUUCUGAUUUUUUUAAAGAUAGUUAAGAUAUGACCAUGUUAAUUUGCAAUAAUUUCCAUGUACAGUGUAUAUGUAUCAAUAUUUGUGAAGCAUUUGCUAUACACGUUGAAAUAGAUGUAAAAG